GUGUGUCACUGGCUUCCAGAGCUCGUCACCUUGUAAAACUGAAAGUCUGUAGCCAUUAAACAAUCAUUGUCCACUGUUCCAGCCUGCUGCCUUAGCCAAUUUCACUCUGGUAUUUAUGAAGCUGACAGCUCUAGGUUGAAGCUUCUGUUCUCUGCUCUGCUGUGGAAACAUCUUUGCUUAAUGUCGGUGAGUUGAGUGGUACGGACGGCCACGGCCACGUUCAGAGGGGCUAAGGUUCCCGAGAGCACAGUGGUCAGAGCGAGGUCAGAGCCUGCAGCCUGUGGAUCGAGGAGGAAAGACAGCAGGAGCCAGUCAGCACGCUUCUGGUUAUGAGUUUGAGGUCAGCCUGGGCUAUAUAGUCCCACAGGGUGAGGAGACAAUGGGGAAAUGACUCAGAGAUGUUUGGUCUUUGUGGCCUGCCCUUUGGUUUAUGACAGCCACCUCAGCAGCACUGACCUUUGCCUCCAUCAUAUGAGUGGAGGCACCAGGCCACCUCACCAAGUCACAGAGCAGCUGCGGCCUCCAGAACCAUGGGGACCAGCCAUCGCAGUCGGUCCUUUCGAGAACCACGGUCUUGCUAUGGGAAGCUCCAUGAGUCCCAGGGGAGGACCCAGGAGGGCCGACUCCACCGGGCACUGAGCCUCAGACAGGUCCGUGAGAAGUCCAGACCGCAGGGCCUUGAUGGCAUGGAACGGCUGGAGGCCCCUGCUCAGGAGCGGCCGCCAGGAACCCCGGGAGACACAGAGCAGCUGAUCCAGACUCAGAGAGAAGGCAGCCAGCGGUGGCUGAGGCAAUACCAACAGGUAAGGAGAAGAUGGAAGAGCUUUGUAGCCAGUUUCCCCAGUGUGACCCUGAAUCGACCAGCUUCCCCGGAGACCUUGUUGGACGCCAACAGCUAGAGCGGCUGUGAUUGUCCCUCACUCCACCCGCUGGACUCCUAUGUCUCCUCUUCUGCUCUUCGUGGCUUUUCUGUACUCAGAACUGCUCCAGCCUUUGUCGUGUGACCCAAGGAAGCCUCUGUCACUAGGCCAUUAGAGACCCUGUGUGGCUGCCCUUCUCUGUUCUGGCAGCUAACUCUUAGCAAAGACCUCCAUGGGCCUGAGGAGAAGGCACUCAGCUCUCUGCCUUCUGGACUGACUGUUUGAAGGUCCUAGGGAACCUACACAGAAAUGAGAGUGUCAACAACACUCUUGACCCCACACAAACCAGCCAUCCAUUUCUAUGAUAGAGUUCAUUGAAGCCAAACAUGGCUGAGAAUUUCUUGAAUAUCACCUGGUCACAGGGCCAAACUCCACCUUGGCCUGCUAGUGACAGGCCAAGACUUGGGUCUCCCUCACAGUCAAUGAGCCUUCUAAGGCCAGGACCGAAUCUGGACUGUCCUCACUGUGGGUGCUGAGUGCCCAAACAUGCACAUUGCUGCCUUGGACCUCAUUGAAUCCUAAUGAAGGAAGCAGGGAAGCCCUCCCUCCCUGUACGACAGAGGGAAACAGAGGUCCAGAGAAGAGAAGAGACCUCCUGCCUUCACACACACAUGCCCAGUACCUGAUGCUGGGGUUGAACACAUUAAUAAAGCCACUGAGCUGAGGGGAAACUAUUUGUAUAGUGACUAAGAUGGAAGAUCUGAGCCUCUCCCAACUCCUGUGAAACAGGCCAAGUCCAGAGUCCAAGGUCUCACUCUGAGAGGGCAAAGGGAUCUCCUAGGGCCUCACAGAGAGCGGGUCUGAGCUCUAUGAAAGGUAUCAGGCCUUCUGGUGGGUCCUCUGAGUUCUUCAGGUUCCAGCCUGAUGUCCUGGCACAGGGUCCACUGAGGGGUUGGGUAAGUCCAGGAGAUACAGUGAUAGGCUCCUUGUUUUCCAGCAGCUCAGAAACCUGGCAGGACCACUCAAGCACAAAAGAGGUCCUGGACAAUAUUUGUCCUUGGCAGCCAUUGGGAACUUGGCCUGGAAGCUCGACUGUGGCAACAGUAAAAAUUUUUUAAAUUA